GGAAAUCAGUGCAGCGGUUUAGUUCUAAUCGGUAGUUCUUACACGAUAGUUUGGAAAGCGACGUCGUUCUGAAUAAAGUGUGUAGAAAAAGCUAUAAAAAGUUGUGAUCUGAAUAUGGUCACUAAUAAGCAUUCGUAUGCUGGCAUACUUGAAUUGCAAGGCGAAAUGAGCAAUGCGUCGGCACCGUCAUCAGCCUACAUGCAAACUGACCAUGUAACUUCAGCGCAGCCGAGCAGCAGCGGUGUACAGAUGACAGGUGAGCCUCAGAUGCCUAACUGUUCGACAAUACCCAUGAAUCCAAAUCCGCCGGUGGGGCCAGAAUCUACACAAAUACGGUGUCCACAAUGUAAAUGCACAGUGAAGACGACUGUUAGAUAUCGUUCGACCACAAAAACUCAUUUGGCUUGUAUACUGCUUUCGUGGACUUGUUGUUGUUGCUGUUUGCCGUACUGUAUGAACUCAUGCCGAAAUGCGAAUCAUUUCUGCCCCACGUGUGGCACUUUCAUAGGCACCUAUCAAUCUUAAGGGCGUAUAAAGAGUGGCGAAGAGAAGAGCCUUUCGGUAAAACGCAUUAUUAAUGUGUUGUACAUGCUUAUAUGAGUACGUUAGUGUACAUUCCAUUAUAUAAAUAAACGAUUACAUUUCUAUGCCGUA